CCGGUGCAUCUCUUGUUGCUGUUAACCUUGUCCACCUCUCUCAAUCGCUUUCGCUUUCAGAAUGCCGAGAAUCUGUAGGGAUUCAGUGAAUGAAGAAAGCAGAGAUAAUCGUCAUUAAGCUUGCCACUUCAUGACCAGCUUGUUCUCUUCAGUCCUCGAUUUGAAGCGCCGACAUUGGCUGAGGUUUCGCUGUUAAUGCUUUCUUCGCCUGGUCAUUUGUUAUAAGAUGGGUGCUGAUCAUGCAUCGAUACCUGCGCUAACAAAUACCUGCUGCGCUGGGUUGAAAACGAAAUGCUUGAAGCUACAAGAGUCACGUAAUGCUCUAAGACAAGCUGUGAAGGUCCUCGAAGAUAAAAUCAAUGAAGUCGAAGAUCAGAAUGCGAAACUCAAGAAAGCGUACCAUGAAGAACAAGUGCGGGCGAAAAUGGAGGAAGAGGAAAAACUUAAAGAAUUCAACGCUAGAGUAUCUUUGGAGAAUGAAGUCAGAGGAUUAAAAUGUGAGAUCGUUGCAUUACGGAAGAGUUGUGGCAGCAGUACUCAGGAUGAAAAUGAAGAUAUCAAAAGUUAUCAAGCCUGUAUAUCUGAUAGAGAGGAGGAAAUUAAUAGGUUGAAGAGUCUUUUGGGGAGAGAGAGAAUAAGGGCUGAUUCUGAGACAAAGAAUGCUGAGAAGGAGACAAAGAAAGCUGCCGAAGCUUGGAAAUUACUAGAAGCCGAGAAGAAUAAGAAUGUUGAGAAGGAAAUGCAAAUUGCCAAAAUUGAGGCUGAAAAGGCUGGGGAGCUAAGACGAAAUGCUGAAAAGUUGGCAUCCGAGAUGAAAAAGUUCAAAGAGGCAGCCAAACGUUUUGAGGCUCAGAAGAAGAAGCUUAUAGCAGAAAAACAUAAUGCUGUGUCAGAUUUGGCAAAAUCUCAGGAAAGGUUAGAGGUUGAAAAACGGAAGGCGGCAAGGGAAAAGAGACGUGCAGAUGAAGAGAUGGUUAAAGUAGAGGGUCAGAAGAAGCUUGCUGAAGAUAACUUAAAGAGGGCCAUGGAAGAAAAACAAAUUGCUAAUCAGAUGUCCCAGAAGUUAGAAGAGUGUGAGCGGACAAAUGAAGAUUUGAAGCAGAAGAUAUCUGAACUUUCAUCCCUAAGAAAAACCAUUGAAAUGUCUGCAGUCUCUCCUGACAUAUGUGUGAAUGCUGAAAGUACUAGAGUGGAGCUCUUAGAAAACUCUUUGAAGCUUCAAAAGCUACGGACAAAGCAUGCCAAGGAAAAAGUUAAAUUGGAAGCCAAUCGUCACAGAAUUUUACAGCAUGAAUUAGGUCGAUUAAAGCUUGAUUUCUUUCAAAUUUUCCAUCGUCUUGAUAUGCUGGAUGCUUCCAUUUUACCCACCUGUGGAAGUAAGGAUGACCUUGAAAAGCCUGGGAAUAUACUGAACCUGCAAAAAUUGAAUAUGACGAGGCAUAUCUGCAGUUCAGAUAAGACUUGCUGCACAACCUUGAAUGCAUGCGAUCCUUUGAAGAAAAACAUGCAUCACAUCUCACCUCUUGGUCUAUUUGGAGGAAACUGUGCUGAAUCCAUCACAGGUAUUGAUUAUCAGUUGGAGCCUCUGGACUCUAACAGAACAAAACUAAAGAAUUCUGCAGUAAAUUCCAGUACAUCUUUUUCUGAUGGACAAUUGAUGGGCUCACAGGAUAAGGGUGCUCUUCCAGUUACUGCAUCAGCAAAAUUGGCUCAGGAGAAUAUUAAUACAAGACCCAACAUGUCCAAACCAUCUGCUAAAGCGGUUACUGAGCACAGUAGGAAGAGAAAAAGAAUACUUGAGACAGUCGAAAGUAUUAAGAAAUACUGUUCUGAAGGUAGGGAGUUUGACCUGCAAGUAGAAAAGGAGCUCUCUGAUUUACAUGCCUUGUUAUAUAAAAAAGUGGACAAAUCACAUGAAAGGAUAGAGAUGGCUGCGAAUACUAAGGAUAAGUUACUACAAAAGAGUGACAGGCCUCAUAAGAAGAGAAAGAAAUCUCACAGAGCAGAAGUGGAAUUGGUACAUGGAUAUAACAAGGUUGGGGAAAAAGGUAUAGAAGAGGCGAAAGGAGAAGUCUGUGAGGACACCAAUAUCUGUGGACACACCUGCUGCCCUAUCUCAUAUGCCAAAGGAGCCACUCAAUUGUUCAUGGAGAGGACAUGUGAUGCUGCAAGUGAUUUUCCUUCUAUGGCUAAUUUCGAAGUAGCUGAUGGAAAUUAUAUGAAGUUAUUAGACUUAGAAAAUGCUGCUGAUGAGGAGUGCUAUAGAAGAGCAAUGGAUGUUCCCCUGUCUCCAUCUCUUCCUGAGAUUGAAAUUCAUGGAGUUGAAACAUGUGAUAAGAAUAAUUUGAAGCCCUUUCUUGAGGAAGCACUCCGUGAAAACAUGUUCAGUCCAAGAGGAGAUUUAUUUCCUUCACAUUGCUUUGAUGUCAUUGACGUUGAGAUAAGUUCCAACGAAGAGAAGUUUGACAGAUCAAGAGCUUCUUAUAAUUCACAGCAGGAGCCUGCACGGGUUAGAGAAACUGAGGAUGCGAAAAGGUCUCGUAAUUAUGCGCUAGAAAAUUCAAGGACUACACAUUUGCUGGAGGGUGGGAUUGAAUUGAUACAGAAUCAACUUCCUAAACUUUGUAUGGUCUGUCCAAAUAUUGAGGACGAAAGAAGCAUUUCUAGGAUAUUUGGCGCUACAAAGAAUUGUAUGGCUAGGUGCAAUUUGAUUACUAAAACAGGUUGGAUUGCUGAUAGCAUUUUGACUGCACUUACAAUGGAAGAAAAACUGUUACCAAGUUGUAUUUUUUUUUUUUGCAGGGAGAAGAUUUCUGUUUUCUUUACACUUUUGCUAUUCAACUUUACUACAAGCACAUCAAUAAAGUUUGGGAAACUUUUGGGUGGGAGUUUACUCCCCUGCUUGAAUUCUUAUGCUGAACACAUUUGCGCAGUUUUCUCUGUUGCAACAACAAGAUUAUUGUUUUCCGAACAUGUUUCCUUGCGUGAGCUCCUUUUCCUCAUUGAAGACUUUCUUGUAGAAGGAAAAGUUAUGGUAAAUGAUAAAGUAUCUGCUGAGACCUUGUCAGAACAGGAUUUGAGAACUUCUCUUUAUCUGGAAGCAGCUUCAGGGGAACAAUUGGUGGCGGGAAGCAUUAUAUUAGCUUCAGUAUGUGCAGCAACUGAUCAUGUUGAAUUUAUUAGGGAGUCUACGUAUAAUAUCCUUAGGUUUUGCAGAUGGGAUUCAGUAAUGAUGCUGACUAUUCUUCAUGUAUUUGCUUAUCUGGGUGGACAGAAGUUUUUUUGCCAUAAUUUAAUGUUCACUGUGUUGAAAUCUUUGAUUAUGCGUCUGGAGGGUGGGAACCUACCAGUAUUUACUGCCUGCUGUCUUCCAUCAGUAAAUCAGCUGCAUACAGAAUUAUGGAUGGGUGUUAAAUGCCCAUUCUUGGAAGGUGCUGAAUCUAUUGAAAUUGUUGCAUUAUUGCUCUUAGAAAAUAUCAGGAACUGUCUAUUACAAGAGGUACGCCUGGAUGAUUCAGCAAAUUCUGGGUCUUUGUCAGACAAAUAUAAUACUGCACAGUGGUUUAAUCAGGAAGCGGCUCAAUCUGUCAUUGACUUGCAGUGUGAUGCUGCCUGUUGUUUGAGAAAGUGCAUGGUUUCUGCUACUCAGCCUCUUGUUUUGAACAAUGCCAGCAUCUGCCACCUUAGUGAUGUCCUGUCAUUGGUGGAGCUGGUCGCAAGCAGAAUGAGUUGGCACUGGACAGACACGAAACUUGUUCCUCAGCUGCUGAAUAUGUUGGAUUCCUGUGUGGUGGAGAAUUUUUCUGUUGCUGUUGUUGGUCUUCUUGGUCAACUUGGGAGGCUUGGAGUUGUUGCUGGUGGAUACGAGGAUAGAGGAGUUGAGAACUUGAGAUGCUACUUGUUUUCUUAUUUGUGCCGCCAUUCUCCCAUAAAAGCAGGUCCUUCUCUUCUGCUCGCCACUGCCUCUGCUUUGAUAGCGUUCUUCCUUUUGAUGUAGAAACCCUUUUUGAGACAAACUCAAGUCUUCAGUAUAUUCCAGUAAAUAUGUUUCGGGCAGUCUUGAAGAUUUGAGAAAGUGGCUGUCUGGGCUUGAUAAAGAUACACGUGACUUGCUAUGUAGCAUUUCAAGAACUGAUGCGUAUACCAAGAAAACGUUGUAGUUCACCUUUACAUUUCUAAAGCUGUUCUUCUUUCGUUGACCUCGCUAAUUGAAAGUUCUGUAGAUUAUGGAAAUUGGAUGGGUUAAGAUCUGAGUACUGCCUGACUUGGUUUGCUUGCUGCUUCAAUUGACUGCCUGUUAGUAGGGGAGAUGGGUGGUUGUCGAUGUCAUCCAGAGCCUAUUAAAUAUUGCCUUAGGAUGCAACAAAUGUUGCAUCAAACACCAUCAAUUGAUGUCGGGAUGCAAUUUGGUAACUUAAAUUGACAUGCGAGAAGACUGGCCUUAUCCAUGUUUAAUCCCAGCAUUGCGUAACAAAAUUCUUAGCUCACGAAGACAAAUUAUCAGAUACAGUCCUUGGCUUCUGGAAAUUCUGUUUCAUUUGAAGAAUAGACAUUUCAUAUCCUUGAAGCAUGUUGCUCUUAUUUAAUCCAUGCUGGUCAGAUGGGAGAGGAACGAUUUUGCCCUUGAAUAAGGUAACUCGUCUCAACGAUGGCGGAAGAAAGAGGGGCCAUGACUGUGUGGGAUGCCUUGUAGUUUUGUCAACGAAGAGGAAGAGGCCAUGGUCAGUUCGGAAUCCUCCUUGUUGCAGGCAAUUGAAAUUAAUUUUUCACACCCUACUUUCGAUGGCUGACUCCGUGCUCAGGCAUCUCAUUCUGGGACUACGGUUUGCCCAUGCGAUUUUUCCUCCAAAGGAAUUGUUAAUUUAAUCCAUAAGCAGAGUUCAAAGGAUGGUCCUCGAUGUAGUUAUCGUGCCUCGUUUGUCGUGGCUUUGGCUUUAGGCCUAGUAGAUAUUUGAUUUGUAAGAAACUAUUUUUAUUGUAAAUUUUUUCUUUCUUAUUUUAUACCAAGUUUGAUACAGUUGAAUAGUUCGAUCUUAAACUUUUCAUUAAUUGGUGACAUUUCAUUGUGUU